AUGACAGUGAAAACUGACGUCUGCCGUUUGUUAGACGCACAAACUUUGGCGCUUGAUCCGCUUCCAGUCCUUUCAAGUGCACACAGUUACACCGUAUGCAAGACUUUUUCAUUGACAGAAGUGCUCUGCGGUAGGUGCGAGAUAUUGCAGAUCUUGACAUCAACUACACAGUAUAAAUAA